AUGCGACCUAUUCGUGGCGACCCAAGCACAACGGGCCCGACCCAAAGCCCAACGACACAUAGGGCCCGAACAAGGCCCAACGAAGACCUGACCCGAGAACGUGAAGUCGUGACCCGAUACCACCGUAAGAACGCCUGUAUAAAGUUUGGUGUCGAUACGAGUACAACUGGGACGAUCCAAGGCCGAACGACACAUCGGGCCCGAACAAGGCCCAAUAAAAAACAGACCCGAGAACGUGAAGUCGUGAUCGCAAACCACGUAAGAAUGUCCCGUGAACAACCUGUACAAAGUUCGGUGUCGGUCCGAGCAUUACGGGCCCGACCCAAAGCCCAACGGCACGUUGACCCGAAACGUGAAGCCAUGGCCCGAUACCACCAUAAAAAUGCCUGUGAGAUACGGUGUCAACUUUCGUGGCGAUCCGUCGUCGUUCGGUGGUGUUACGAAGAAUCCCGUGAAAACGGACGUACCGGGCCCGCAGGCCCGUGGGCCCGAAUCCAGAUUAUUCUUUCCCAAGACCACCGUCAAGUUGUCCUGAUGGCUCACAUGAAGUUUCGUGCCGUUCCGACCUCGUUUGAUACGGUUAUGGUUAACCACACGGCCCCUCGGGCCCGACCCGAGCCCAGUCAACGUUUUGACCCGAUCAAAUCGGCCCGUGACCCGAAACGACCCUACUUGGGCCCUACAACAGCCACGUAA